AUGUCCUAUGAACGAAUUAUCGUUACUUCAAUCUCAUUAUCAAUUGUUGUUAUCUUAACAAUUUUUAUGUAUUCAAUUGGACAUCAUGAGAUAUUUGGAAUGGUUGUCGUUGGAAUGUUAUGGGGAUGUACAAAUGUCUUUAUGAAACAAGGAAUUCAUUUUCAUCAUAACGAAAAUGACACAUUCUUUCAAAAUAUAAUAACUGAUAUUAAAACUUUAGUUACAAGCUAUUCAUUUGUUGUUCCAUUCUUAAUAAAUCAAACAGGGUCUAUUUUAUUUACAAUAUUACUUGGUAAUAAUGAUUUUUCAUUAGUUGUUCCUAUUUCAAAUGCAUUAACAUUUAUAUUUACUUUUAUUACAGCGUACCUUUUAGGAGAAAAUCAAUUAUCAUUAAAAUGUAUUACAGGUGUAUUAUUAGUGUUAUUAGGGGUGACUAUUUGUCAAACAGCGAAAUAA